UGCUGUUGGAUUGGCCUUGUUCUUUAGUCAUCAGAAGUUGCAUGAAAUAUUUAUAUUCUCAAGUAUUAUUGUAUUAAUGCACGGUGCCAAUUAAGUAUGUUCAUAAGAUAACUCUAGAUGGAGUCAUCUGUUGAUGAUGUUGUUUCACAGCUGACUUUAAUUGCAGGACUGCAAACCUGGGCAUGUUAACGGUUCAUUAAAGUAUUGAGUUUUUCUGUUUUUCUUGCAUUUAGCUUAAUUCACUUUGUAGUGCUGCAUAUGGUUAACUGUGUUAUGAAGUGGUAUCAACCCAGAGAAAUGACAGUAAAUAAUGAAAACAAUAGGAGAAAGAACAUUAAUGCAGCUCGCUUUUUCCAACACACUCACAAAUUAUAUGGAACACUGGCACUUUAACCCUAGUUAGCAUGCUAAUUGCAUUAACAUGCUCGCAAUAGUACACUUCUAACAGAAUAAUUGACAAAGUCAGCUUAAUUCGCGGUGUAAGGACACUGGCUUUGAGACCAUGCCAAGACCACUCAGAUCCCAAAUUAGAGACAUUGAUUUUCGAGCACAAAGCACAGUGAAGAGGAACAGACACAGAUAAUUAACAGCACUCUAAAAAAACCCCAAUGUGCAUUUCUAGAAUGUCACAGUUUAUCAGCAUCAAACCAAAUCCGAACAGAUAUACAAUAGCUGCUAUAUGAUGUUUACCCACCAACAUUGUGUAUUAGUAUUUUCAGAAUUAGAAAUAAGAAAUGGCUACAGCCAUUGAAAUCCAUAUAAUCAAUAUUUUCCAACACAACUCUUCUGAAUAAAACAAACCAGGCUAAGGUGGUUAACUACUCUCCCAACUGGACACUUUUUAGGCUGGUCUUAUUAAUAGUUUUAGGUCACUGGAAUACCAGAUGAAGACCAUCUUGGCCAGGUUAGGAGACCAGCUAAACCAGCUAAAGCCAACAUAACAACUUGGGCUAAUUUAACCUGAUGUUUUAGCAGGGAAACACCCAUAUAUAGAUUGUAAUACAUGUGCUAAUUGGCUAAAUAUGAGAGAUUGCUGAACCGUCACUCUUAUUUAGAAAAUUAGCACAGACAUUAAGAAUGAUACACAACAAUCAGAGAGAUAUGCCAGAGUACAAUGUCCUGCACAACAUACACCUUUGUCAGCAGAAGGAGCUUUGAGCUUCUCAGCAGUCAUUUCUCCUGGUGUGCCCAUACUCAUGUGGUCACCUUUGUGUGUGGUUGUUUUAAUUUGUGUCUCUUCCUUCCAUGUCCUCCUUAUCUAUGUUUUGUCUGAUGACUUUGCGGGAUUGCCACUGGCGGCCUUGAAGGAUGAGGAUGAUGCAGAAACAGGGCUGACGGAUACAGAGAAAGAGGUGGAGCCUAAGGAAGAAGAGAAACUUGGCAAAUUACAGUACUCCUUGGAUUACAAUUUCACAGAGAAUACGCUCAUAGUGGGGAUCAUCCAAGCAGCAGAGCUGCCCGCUAUGGAUAUGGGUGGCACUUCUGACCCCUAUGUGAAGGUCUACCUUCUUCCAGACAAGAAGAAGAAAUUUGAGACCAAGGUUCACCGGAAGACGCUGAAUCCUGUUUUCAAUGAGCAAUUCACCUUUAAGGUUCCCUACACUGAGCUUGGAGGGAAAACUCUGGUGAUGACGGUGUAUGACUUUGACCGCUUCUCCAAACACGAUGCAAUUGGAGACGUGAAGGUGCCCAUGAAUAAGGUCGACUUUAGUCAUGUGACUGAGGAGUGGAGGGACCUCCAGAGCGCUGAGAAAGAAGAGCAAGAGAAGCUGGGUGACAUCUGUUUCUCUCUGCGGUAUGUGCCCACUGCUGGCAAACUGACCGUGGUCGUUCUGGAGGCCAAGAACCUGAAGAAGAUGGAUGUCGGUGGCCUGUCAGAUCCCUACGUCAAGAUUCACCUGAUGCAGAACGGCAAGCGGCUGAAGAAGAAGAAGACGACAAUCAAAAAGAACACCCUCAACCCUUACUACAACGAGUCUUUCAGUUUCGAAGUGCCAUUCGAACAAAUCCAGAAAGUUCAAGUUGUUAUAACUGUUCUGGACUAUGACAAGAUUGGCAAGAACGAUGCAAUCGGCAAAGUGUUUGUGGGCUUGAACAGCUCAGGCACCGAGCUCCGUCACUGGUCAGAUAUGCUGGCCAACCCGAGGAGACCCAUCGCUCAGUGGCACGUGCUCAAGCCGGAGGAGGAAGUGGAUGCCCAGCUGGCAGCUCAGAAAAAAUAGAGCGGCCCGAGCCCAACCCCCCGCCCCCCCGUCCACAAACCCGCCCGUGUAGUGCUCUUUACCCAGUGCGUGUAAAUACCUCAGUGAUAUAAGGAUUCAUGCACCCUCACUCCUAAUUUCGUGUCUAAGAAAACCGCCUUCUCGGACCACCCCUUGAGAUGUUGUGUUGUUACGUCAGUUUCGCCCCCUCGCCCCCUUCCUUCCUUCCUUUCUUCCUUCCGUCGAUAAACUUUCUCUGUCCUUUGUUGUUUCACCUCCAUCCACGACCUUAAAAGUCCCCGACCAAAUGCCCCCUUCUUUUAAGCAAUAUGAUCUGUAUAGAUAGCGCAUGACUGGAGGAAUUUAUUGUACCACAGGUGUAUAUAUCAGUAUGCAGACGAAAAUGAUUUCUAGUUUAUGUGUUUGUAUGUUGUUACCCGUUUCCUAAUCUGUGUAUAUCUUGAUGUUUUUAAUAAGAUGUUCUAUUUUAAAUUAUGUAAAUGCUGACAUAGAAGAGCCAAUAUUAUAUAUAACGGGAUUUAAGAAUUUUACCUUAUUGCAUUCCACUAAAAUAUACGAUAUAUCUCUAUAUAAAUAUUUAAAGAAUUCCAACCUGCAAGACGCUAGUGGAGGUACACUCACUUCGUAAAGGACGGUUUGCGCUUCAUGUUUACGUAAAAAAAAAGCAUACAAAUGUACCGUACACGAUAAACACACACUGAACACGAAGGCCAUUAACUAAUAUGGUUUUAUGGUAUAAAUGUAAUAUGCUGCUGACAAUUAUACAAGCACAUGAUUUCUUAAGAACUUUUUGUACUAAUUUAUCAAACUGAGGACCUGUAUGCUUCGCUUAAACCACUUUAAUCGAAGGAAUUCUUCUUACUUGACGAAAACCAAUCAGCCUUUAUUUUUAUUAUUUCUCAUACGGUGAUGCUGUUAACUUUUAGUAAAACGGGUCCCCGGUUUGCUUCUUUCUUGUUUUCUGUCCUUCGAUUCCCGAAACUUCCCUAAUCCGAUCUGGCGCCUUUGCGAAACCGUAAAUUGGCAAGCUGUAGCCAUCGUGUCCUUGAAGCUUGAAUUUGUGAAUCCCUUCCUUUUCUCGUCGUUGGACUCGUUUCGUUGAGGAAUUUACGGUUCAGCCUCCAAAAAAAAUGAAACCAGGAGUUUUGACUCUAGCUUUAAGACAAAUAUUUUUUAGAUUAAGUCAACGUCUGAAUAUUUUUGGUAUCUGCAUGAUUUUUUUUACGAUCUUUGCUAAAGGCCGGGUAACGGGGGGAUUUAUUUACACCGGGGCGUCUUUCAAGAGACUCCCUUGCCUUCAAUCAAAAGUAAUCAAACGUUGCGGGACGGAAACUUUUGAAGCACUCGGUCCCGACGAGUCGAUGAUGAGGAGGAGGAGGAGAUAGAGGAGAGGCGAGCUUUUAAACACUGCCAUUGUUUUCAGGGAGGUACGAGGAGCAUGCGACUCCUCCCUCCACGCACACGCCACUCAGAUAGUGGUUGUAGCUUCGGUUCAUCGGGGAACAAUGUAUUUUACCCGCGACGGUGCCCUAAACAGCAGUUUUUGCUUUCUGUUGCCUUUUCACAGUGACAAUAGAGUUAGCCAUGCUUAACUGCCAAUCCCUUCCCCCGUGGCUACUGUUUUGCACUGUACAGUCUAGGAACGGACAGUUCCUGUCGAGAAAAGUCCGUUCGUUCAAUAGCGCAAGAAAGCGAACCGGCCCCCGACCGGUUUGGACGCCACGAGCAUUAGCGAAUCUUUAACAAUAACCGUAAAAGUUAAUGGUCUGUACAGGUGAUAACAUUCUAAUGUCCUUUACUACGGGUCUAACAAGAGGGCGAGUAGACGUUUAGUCCAUUAAAACCAUAAGUUAUCUUGGAGGAACCUCUCGCGUACACUAGAUGCUAGCUUCAGGAGGAGUUUCUAAGUGUUUUCAAUGUUACUGUGUAGGUGAUAGCACUGUUACUUAAAAAUAAAAGGAGAAAAAAAGCUAUUUGUCAUUCCAUAGGAGUCUUUAGGGACUGAGUUGUGUAUCACUGUGACUGCGGUGUGUGCUUAGCGUUGUAGUUUUCAGUAGGUAGCAGCCAUCUUGUUCUAUAGUGACGUUGUGCUGCCAUCCCCCUAUCACACCACACGAGAGUACGAAAGAGAGAGCGACGGUUUCCGAUAACCGUUGCCGAGCGCGCACGCGCUCACGGGUCACUUCACACAGCAUUUUGUUGAGCACUGUGCAAUACUUGUAUGUUCAUUACUUAGUGUUUAAAUGGGCGGCAUCUCUCGAUAGGGGCAAAAAAGAGAGAGGGAAGAAAAAAAACGCAACCCUAUACAGCGAGACGAUGUAUCCAUCGACCGUAGUCUGGUUAGGUCACAGCACACGUGUGUAGUUUGGAGCUCAACAUCUGUAAACUUGUUAAGGAUUCCUCCGUUUUUCCCGUUGAGUUUUCCUGCACACAGAUUUAACCAUCCAAACAUUCGGUAAACGUGUGUCUAUAUAUAUAUAUAUAUAUAUAUGUAUAUAUAUAUAUAUAUAUAUAUAUAUAUAUAUAUAUAUAUAGGAUGUACCCCAAAUAUGAGAUAAUCUAUCUAUCUAAUAUAUAUAAAUAUAUAUAUGAAAACCCUUCCCUUUCAGAAUAGGUGUAUAUAUAUUUUUAUAUUUGUCCUGAUAUCAUUUCCUCAUUAUUGAGAUCACCUGGAUAUAAGAGAAUUGUAUCAAUCUUGUUAUGGAAACUAUCUGUUGUACUUUUAAUAUGAUUGGCUGUACCAUUUUGUUAUCGCUGUUAUGAUUACACUCAUGACUAUUACCUGGUUAUCGUUCCUUUAGUGCCCUAUUGAAGACCAUUUUAUAUUUAUUAUGGAACUCAGAAUGUACAGUAUGGACUGUGUGUUUUGUUUCUACUUUUUAUUGUGGGACCAAGUAUAGUUGGCACUUUCAUUUCAAUGUUGCAAUAAAUAUUGAUUCAUAUGUUUUAUUCAUAGCCGAAUAUGAUUUCUUACCCUGUCGGAGAGAGCAAACCUAGAGAACUCCAAAACGUGUAAUCGCAACUAUAAGUACAAUUAUUACUCCACUACUCCUACGUUACCCGACUUACUUAUGUACUCUCAUUUAUAGAAGUAUUUAUGAUAUCUUAAUACAAGAGGCUUGUUUAUAAAACAAGGAUAAAAAUGCAGUUUUAGAGUCACAAACUGACACACUCGUUUCGUACGGCAAAAGGGUGUUGUUAUACUAUCAGGUGUCUGCACGUUAGGUGUAGAACUGGACGUACAGUAGAAGACAGCAUUGCUCGUUGCACCUCAGAGGUUUGUAAAGUAGUCUGAAAAGCCAUUUCUAGCCCUGCAAAGCAACGCUAUCUUUUACUGAAGCCUACCAAAGCACGCAAACAGCUCCAACAACCGCACCCGACAACUUGAAAAGGAGAAACAACAACAAAAAAAGCCCGAUCGCUCAGCACAGUAUACGCAUACAACCUUCAGAUACUCUACGACGCCGAAAAGCCACCUUUCAAGAAAAAGCUGUGUAAAGAAUUAGAAUCUGAUGCUGUAGGGAGAUCCUAGUUGCCUUUGUGUAUAUCAACUGCCUGCUUGAGUAUUUUUGUGUGUGGAAAUUCUCUCUGUAAUCUUGUAGAACUGUUCGGGGUGUUUUUCCUGCCAUACUGCUCGCCCCAGCGUCGAGCCGACAGUUAUAUUGCUGUGUAUACCUUCAUUUUUGAUGAGGUGUUUUACAAUUUCGUUUCACUUUGUGUAGUGAUUCACUCUGUGGAGUUUCUGACUGUUGUUAUAUAACUUCAUAUAAUACACAAAUGUUCAAUAAAAAUGUUUUAUUUCCUGUU